UGACGCUGGCGUCUCUUUUCCAGUGUGUGCUCCAUACAAUACACUGUAACAACCAGCCUGCACUAGAUACUAAAAACCCGUGCUGGAUGAAACGCUAGAGAAAUCUCCUUCUGGGACUGAAGAGCUUUGAGAAAAAUCUGUAACAGAACAGAUGAUGCAAGGUUCCUUCUAAAGGAAAAUGACAAGUAAGUCAAUGACCAGUAAUGUGACCAAUAAAAAUGACCACAAGUCCAUCAACUCCAGAGUCUUCAUUGGUAACCUAAAUACAGCCAUUGUGAAGAAGGCAGAUGUGGAGGCCAUCUUUGGGAAGUACGGCAAGAUAGUGGGGUGCUCAGUGCACAAAGGAUACGCGUUUGUGCAGUACGUGUUUGAACGGAAUGCCAGAACAGCAGUGGCGGGGGAGCACAACAGGAUAGUGGCCGGGCAGCCGUUGGACUGCUUCCCCCCACGUAUCCGCCUCCAGCCAGGGGGCAGAGAUGCCCUGGACUGGCGGCAACUCUAUCGUCUUCAAUGUCACUCUGCAAUCAGCUGGCGGGACCUGCGGCUUGAGCAGGAUAUAAGCAUGGCCGGGGAUCCCAAACCAUAUCGACCCAAGGCAGGACAGAAGCGACCCAUCAGUGCUUUGUAUGGAAGUGGCUAUGACUUUGACUACGACUAUUACAGAGAUGGAUUCUAUGACAGGAUGUACGACUACCACAGAGUACCCCCACCAAGCCGGGCGGUGCCUGCUAUCAAACGCCAACGCAUCAUGGUCCCCAUCCCCCGCAGAAGCAAAAGUAGCUUUCCCGUCAAGAGUGGCCUAAGGACGACCGCGGCUCCAGCCCCAACAUCUGGGACAAAAUUGAAAGCUGAUGACCUGCAGACAAUAAAGAAGGAGCUCACUCAGAUAAAGUAUCGUAUCGAUGGCUUGUUGGACAGCUUGGAGAGAAUGGAGAAGCAGCACAAAGUUCCGACUGAGCCAAAGGCAGACAUCACCGCGACACCAAAGCACAACUCGGGUGAAGAGAUGGCUGACAAUGCGGACGAUGCCACAGCGGAUGAGCAGACAGAGGGGGACACGGUGGAUGGAGGAGAGCUGGAAGAUGAGAUCCUUGAGGAGGGCGAAGGAGUGGAGGAUGAUUUUGACGAGGAAGGCACAGAUGAGCUGAUGAAUAACCAUACUCCGGAUACACCCGACACACAAUAGAAACAGACCUUGUGAGCAGCAGGGUUCAGUUGCAGUGAAUAUCUGAUGACAGGGGAACCAGACGACAGACAAGAUAAGAAGUGAAGAGGCAGCUGCAGUUUUCACCGACUCCACUCAACAAGGCACAAUUCGGGGAUCCUCUGGACAGUGUGCUGACUAAUCACCCUGGGCUUCGGUGUGUGCACUGCCUCUUUCUGACAACUCUGUCACCUCCUUCCUUGGAUCUCGACUGUGUUUGGGAGGACCGACAUCCCACUUGUAUCAUAGUUGUAAAUUUUAUUCCCGUUCCCUGUGGAGUUUUUUUUCCAUUAACAUAUGUUCUCAGUUUGUAAGAUACUGGGGACAUUUUCAAAAGUUGGUGUGAAGAAAGAAUGUAAUGCUUUACAAAAAAAAAAAAAAAUGUUUUUAACUGUCUUGUUUUUUUUCCCCUUCGAGUAACAUCUCCACCUCCAUGUGUUCAGAGCUAUUGCAACAAACGACAACGUCACUGAUAUCAAGAGACCGUAACCUAGUCUGCCAUUUCUGAUGCAGCACUGAGGGAGUGCUGCGUUGUUCAAGGUGCUGUUAUUUCAAAUUAGAUGACAAACUAAUAGCCUGCCCACCCAGGCAAGUGAGGAUGAGACAGAUCCUGAGAUGUCUAGGGCAAAGGUCACCUUAAGUUCCUAAUCUAUGUUUAGCCCUCACCAAUUUCAUUCAAUAGAUAAGAUGGCCAUUUAUCUCACUGCUAUCUGGAGGACCUUGCUAAGCCCAAAUUGACUGCCCCCUUUCUUGCAAUACAAGUACAUUUUAUCAUAUUUGUAAUUGACUGUAAGGACUUAAAGGUAUCUUGCAGGCCAUAAAUGAUUCUAUUUAAAUGCAGGUUUUUUUUUUCAUUUUCAAAUUAAUCAAAAGCCGCUGGAUUUUGUUCUUGUUGUUUAGCUAGGUACUGUUUGGUAGUGUUGGCCAGAGAUGAAAGCCCCCACUGUGAUAUGCUGUCCGUGCUAUCAACCAAGCUGCCAGUAUAGGAGGGAGUAUGCAUCAAAUUGCCCAUAGUUUGUCAUUGUCGUCGUCUCCCCUAGUUAGGAAGAGGGGAAUAAUUAGUCACACAGCAAUGUUCAUGGUUUCUCACGGCAUGCAGGUCCUCAAGUCUUUGACAGCUUACAAAGCAAUCCCAUACCCCAUUUUAUUUAUCUGUAACCAACUCUCUCUCACGUGCCCACUAUCCGCCCUCCACACCUAAAAUUCUCUUAGUAUCCACCUUCCUGCAUACCAGGAGUAAUUUACACUGGCCACUUAACCUACCUGCACAUCUUUAAGACAUCGGAGGAAACCGGAGCAACCAUGGGAAAUGUACGUGGUCACGGAUCAAAUGGCCAUACUCCACACUACAGUCCCGAUCGCACUUGGUCCUCUAAGCAGCUGCACUAUCCUCUGCACUGCUGGAAGCAUAAUCAUUGAAGGAAAUACUUAUGACCUAUGGGUAAUGAGAACUUGGAUGACCCACCAUUGACAAUUGAUAAAGGCAUUCUGGCAUCAGGGAGGGAGAUAACAUAGCAUAGGAACAAAAAGAGGCAUAAAAACAGGAAAGGCAUUGUCCUCUCAAGCCUAUUCUACUCAACAGCUAGACAGUGCUCAACCUGCGUCUCACCUACAUUUAUCCAUCUUGGUUCUAUAUCCCUUAACCUAACUAAAUAAUAAUCUCAGUGAUAAUGCUUUUGGCAGAGAGAAUUCUGUUUCCACUAGGCUUUGAGCGCUUUCAACAUCAUUCAUUCCUAGAUGACCUCAUUGUGCUCUUCUUUGUUCUUAUUGCCUCCACUGGAGGAAACUUUCUUUUCAACAGAUCUAAUUUAAACCCUUAAAAAAUCUGAGUUAGAUUGUCCCUUAGCCUUUUGUAUUCAAGGGAAUAGAGGCGUUGUGGAGCCCUGUUGUCAUCACUUAAUUCUCUUGCAUGCAGUUUUAGAACCUGGGCCCACUGGCAUAGCCAAGAUUUUCUCCCAAAGAUGCAAUGCCCCCAGACCACGAUGGAUUAUUUCAUAUGGCAGACAAACCUGAGAUUGACACACAUAAACGAAUCCUUUCAAAAGCAUCUCAUCCAUGGACUGCAGGUAAAUCUUCAUUAACUGUGGUGAGGUGGAGACCAUUUGGCUAUUUACAGCUGAUUAGCUCCUUUUUUGAGUGAUAUUCAUGUAUUUUACUGGCUGCAACUCAAUGGACAAGUUUGCCUUGACACUGCAACACUCAUAGAGCAAUGCAACACAGAAACAAACCCUUCAGUCCACCAUAUCUGUGUUGACCAUUGUACCCAUGUAUGCUAAUCCCAAUUACCUGCAUUAGGCCAGUGUCUUGAUGAUUUAUGUGCUUAUCCAGGUGUUUAAAUUUGUGAGAGUACCUGCUUCCAUAGCUUUUCUCAAGUAGCUCAUUUCAGAUUCCAACCACUCUCUGAAAAAUUGUCUCACUCAGAUUCCCUCAACGCUCCUACCUGUCAUAUUAAACCUUUGUUCUCUUGUUUUAGGCAUCCCCACCUUGGGAAAAGAUUUUUAUUCUUUAUCCCAUCUAUCCCCUCUCAUCAUUUUGAGCCAUUCUGUUGGGCCACCCCUCAGAGACCUCCACUACAGAGAAAACAAAUAUGGCCGAUCCAAUCUCCCUUUAUAACUGAAAUGCUGCAAUCCAGGCAACAUCUCUGCACUCUCCCCAAGGCAAUCACAUUCUCCCUACAGCGUGGCAUCCAGAAUUGCACUCCAAGUGUGGCCUCACCUGACCUAACUGUGACUCAGAAUUACCCAGGGGAUAAAAGGUUCAAUGUGACGUGGCUAUAGCUUCACUCAGGAGAUCCCAGAUCUCAGUCAUUGCCACCAGCAACUUGCCAUAGACUGAGGAAAAAAAUUGUUCCCCAAGCAUUGGAAGGGUGCAACCUGAGACCGAGAGUCACGCUUGAGUCUUGCAUUUAACUUCUCCUCCCCUUAGUGAUCCUCACCCAAUGAUGAGCAGCCCAAAAACUGCCCUGCCCUGUACUUGACUGAAGGACCAUUUGCCAAAGGUCUAUCGCCAAUGUAAUAUCAGCUCUCCAUGAGGGAUAGCCCCGGGAAUGUGAAAUGUGUCAGAGCUGGAUAUUCUGAAAAGGGGCAUAGAUUGUGCAAUAUCUUGAAGCACGGCAAGGGCCAUGAAGGGAAGGGAGGAUUUGGUAAAGGGCCAAACAGCCGGGGAUAAGGGGAAAGGAGGGAAAGAGACCAGUGCUACUGCUAGAUCUGGGUAACAAACUCCUCUCCCCAUUCCCCAACCCCAGGGCUCCUGAGGCUAACACACAGCAGUCACUUAUGGCGGCGGCUUGUCACAGUCGGAGAUAUUUCCAAUAAUAUUGGUCAACAGUGUCUGUCACAGUAUGUGGCAUGUCUUUUCCUCGAUAGCAGGUUUAUUUCACAGCACGGCCAAGGACAGCAAACGUUUAACAAUAAGGUGCACAGAGAGGUCACUAAAAAUACGGCAGCUUAGUUGAGACUUUUUAAAGUAGUUUCACUUUAAGGUUGUUUUCAAACAAAUUAACCUGUAAUUUCCAUCUGUAAAAUGGGAUGGUUCCUGGGAAUAAGGUUGAUGCGUGUCUUAGCACAAUCUGUUCUUAAGCGUAGUCACCAGUCGGGUGACUCCAUUCAGAAGGAAAGGGUGUGGGUCAGAACACAUGUUUUGUGCAUGUUUGAAUGUAGAGUACUGUUCAAUCGUGCCUCCUUUGAGUUCAUCAUGUUUUAUGUUUAGAUUUGAAGUGCUUGUUUCAGCUUGUGGCGAUUUCUUCCUCUCUUCCUCUCCUCUUGCACCCUCCACCUCCCAUCUCACCUUGUGAGCUGGUGAGAUUUUCGAGAUGUGCCCUUGUAUAAAACGCUUCAGUCCCACUUCCGUUUUUUACGUGGAAUAUUUGGUAUGUGGAAAAAUUUGAGUUGUGAGUAACUGUUGACUAGAUGGAGAUCCUUUCAUUACAUUAGAUAGAGAACUAUGUGAAAAAAACAUUGUUUAAGAAAGAACUGCAGAUGCUGGAAAAAUCAAAGGUAGACAAAAAUACUCAGCGGGUGAGGCAGCCACUACGGAGCGAAGGAAUAGGUGACGUUUUGGGUCGAGACCCUUAUUCAAACUGAUAAAAAAGUAUUGGUACUCUUGCUUGCCUAGACUAAUGAAAGCUUGUUCUCUGUGCUGUGCUUACAUAAUUGUUCAGAUGUGAAAUGGGUUUUGUACAUUAAUUUACACAGUGUUUGAACACUAUUGCACAGCUCCCUUGUAUCCUUGAUACAAGACUUAAGUCAUUAUUUCCUUGUUGUUAAAUUGGCAAAUCCAUUCAAGGAGGCCUGGGAUGUUAGUUUUGCUUGGAUGUGACUCUGGAAGUUCAAUCACAUGCCUGUGUUGGUCACCUAAUCCUGAGCACAGCCUUUCAAACCAAUCGAAAAUCCAACAGACUUGCCUUGUCUCCAACACUUUUAUUGGUAAACAGAGAUGUUUGAGGAAAAUGAAGCAAAAACAAAGAGCUUGGCAUUAGUUAACUGCACGGGGAUUUAUAAUAGUCCAGUAUCUUCAUGGUCACAAAAAUAUCUGUCUAAUGGGGCUGCACCCAGGCACAGCUGGUAGAGUCACUGCCUCACAGCUCCAGUAAACCAGGUAACUGCGGUAAUGAGCUCUCAUGUCAUCCAUGUGGAAUUUGCACCUUGUCUCUAUGACAGCAGGUGCUCGGAUUUCUUCCCACAUCCCAAACCUGUGCGGGUUGGCAGACUAAUUAGCCAUUAAUGGCCCCUAGUGUGUGGGUGAUAGGGGGAGAAUCUGUGGGGCUAAUUGAUGGAAUGUGCGGAGAGUGCAAAGGAUUGGGAUUGGAAUGAAUGUAGGUGGGUGUUUGAUGGUCAGUGCAGACUCGGUAAGCCAAUGGAUUUGUUUCCCUAAAAGGUCCUCCAGUAAAACACAGGAAGAGGAGUAGACAUUUCAAAUCCUCAAUCUUAUUCUACCAAUCAGUUAGAUCACAGCGAAUCAGGACCAUGUUCUUUACCGACUUAGUCCUACAUCCCUGGUAUCCUCACCUUACAAUCUGUUAGCCAUUCUAGUUGAGCCAGCAUUCUUAGUUCUUUGAAGAGGGUGAACCACAUUCACGCCCCUCUUGUGAAAAAGUAUCUCCUCCGUUCAAUCCUAACCAAUCUAGCUAUAAUGUUGAGAUUAUGGUGUUUAAAUUUGGAUUCCUCCAUCAAUAGAAACUGCCAUCAGGUCACCUCCAGACCUUGUGUACUUACUUAAGCUAAUACUCUCUUGCCCAGAAGCCAAGCAAAGCACAAAUAUAGUUAUAAUUGUGAUCUGUUCUUUCUAAUGCAACCCUUCCUAUCAAGCUGGCAUAAUGGUUGAUAGGAAGGGUUCUAUUAGAGUUUUAAUUGUACACAGAGAACCCUAGUCUUGCACAUACAUAAGGAACAAUUGCUAUUUAAGAUACCUCCAAAUGGUGUUAUUCGUGCAUCCAAGAGAGAAGAUGGGAGGGAGUACAUGACCAGAAACUAUUUCUCCACUUUCUCCUGCCCCUGAGCAGCAGCAAAAUAUGAAUCAGACUCCCACAAAGUCUAGUCCCUUUUCUGAAAUAUUCUCAUUCUCAUCUAGUUUCGCUACAUCAUAUAUCACCUGGACCUGGUGUAAUCAGAUAAAUAAGGAGGGACAAUCAUUGGUUGUGGGAUAUGACAUUUAUCUAUUCAGUACCAGCCCACAACCACUCCCCAGAUAUUGACCCUGCAUGCUUAUGACAAGCAGCCUGUUGGAAAUAAAAGUACUACAGUUUCUGUUUUAAAACUGGUUCAGCUUUAAUGGACCGUGUAGACAUCUCCCGAUGAAAAUACAUCCGCCUUUCUGAUGCAGAUACUUCUAGUCAGCACUAUCUGACUCCCAAACAGAGGUAGAAUAACUAAUAGAAAAUAUUUUUGAACAGAUAUGAGCAGAACAAUCAUAUUCAACACAACAAAUAAUGGAUUUUGUUCCAUUUCCAUAAAUGGAAUAUACAAUAAACAAGCUGCCAAAACCAACUCUUGAGUAAAAGACUUUGAACAAGGGUGUCAAAGGUUAAGGGAAGGAGGCAGGUGAAUGGGGUUAGGAGGGAGAGAUAGAUGGGCCGAAUGAAUCUUAUGAAGCUUGUGAAUUCGAUCGACUGCACAUCACUAUCCCUGUACUCUCUGACCCACACACGAGCACUGAGCACAGCCCUUCAAGCCAAGCACAGACUUCUGUCAGGUUACUAGUUUAAAAAUAAUCAGUGGAGAAAGAUCUCACAAUCUCCUUGGUUUGGAGAUUUGAGUAGUGCAACAAGGGGAGGAUUUCUGGAAGAUCAUAACGAAUAAAGCAAAGACUGUGACCUGUUUCAUUCUGUUAUAAGACUUUGACUUAUUGUGAUGUUUGAGUACAUUCUCUUGUGUCUGUGUAAAUAAUAACUUUGGGAAACACUUGCUUUGUGUCCUGUGUGGUUCCUGCUGAUCCCUUCGAGUGUUUUCUUUCCUGAAGAUUUGUAAAUUAAUUUCAUACAGUACUGGUUCUGUAUUAUUAUUAAUAAUAAUAAAGAUGUUUGACACUGA